AUGUAUACUUUGUUGGCGUAUUCACCGGACGCCACCAUUCAUCAGCCGAGCGCUAAGAUGUUUAACAUGUUCAGCAAAGUGUAUGUACUCUCAAACAACGGGGUUUGUGUCUAUGACGGCCCACCACAAGACGUCACCAGAACUUUAUCACUCAUAGUUUGUCUGUUUGUAGGCCUGCAUAUACCCCAAUAUUAUAACCCUGCUGAUUUUAUCAUUGAGGUGGCGUCCGGUGAAUACGCCAAACAAAAGUCAAAUCGGCAAAAGUUUGAUAAUAUGUCGUCCGACGGCUACACCACUGUUAUCAAUGCCAUCGCAGUGGAGAAGUCCAAGAGAGACAAACCUGCAUUGAAACAGAUCUGGAUAUUAAUGUCACGCAUAUUAAUAAUUACAUACAGAGACCCAAAUAUGUUUUUGUUAAGGGUGUUAACAGUGUUUCCAACCGCGUUUAUGAUCGGCUGGAUAUUCACCUCACGGGUGGGCCGGGCGUCCGGUUGUCCGCCAUCUAAACUGAUGCUCUGGGAUGAGGACAUCAAUGAACUGAUGGCUAAGUUUCAGGACGAACGGUACGGACUUCAGGAGAACGUGGCCCUACUCUUCCUCUCGAUGAUGAUGUGUAUGUUUGGCACGUAUUCAGCCAUUGUAUUGACGUUUCCCUUUGAAAUGAACGUGGUGCUCAAAGAAUACAGUAACGCCUAUUACAGCAUAUUUGCCUAUUAUAUCAGCAAAAUUGUCACAGACUUACCAUUCUGUGUAUUGACCAAUAUAUCAUUGACCGGUAUUGUCUACUAUAUGACCGGCCAGUUGUUUGAUACUUAUUAUAGGCCUAUGUAUGUCAUACUCAUCAAUACGUUGGUAGGUCUCAGUGGACAGACAAUAGGCAUGUUCUUUGGGGCCCUCUUUAUGGAAAACCCAAAUUUGGCAGUAUUUUCGUCAGGAAUAAUAAUCUUACCAUUAUUUAUAUUCGCUGGAUUUUUCCGCAAAUUAUCACUAAUGCCGGCGUAUUUCCUGCCAAUCAGUUACGUAUCGUUUUUUCGAUACUCACUGACGGCGACACUAAUCUCGGUAUUCGGACUCAAGCGAUGCCAAUACGAGCACUGGUUGGCCGAGAGUGUGAUGGACGUGACAAACAUGACACGACCGCAAUGGAUCUCAUCCAUGUCUGUACUCCUCCAAUAUCAGUCCCAAUUCGCCGGCGCCAGCGAUAAGUCCACAGUUGUGGUCGACGCCAACGGCGAGCCCGAAGACAACCUGUUGAUCAUGUUUGGUGGCGGCAAACUGGCCAAUCACACGUUGACCUCGCUACUUUUGACUCAAUUUGACAUAGACGAUAGUGAGGACUCGCUGUGGCACGAACUCAAUUUGUUGAUAUUCUUUGUCGCUUUGGCCGAAAACGAUGAACCGUUUCUGUUGAGGACAUUAAUCUGUUUUCUUGUCCUAAGAAAUGAGUUGAAAAGCUAUUCCGACGACAAAGAAUAUCAACAAAUUGAGUUCGUGCCACAGCGAGUCCUCACUAUCGUCUAUGUCAAAUUGAGUCAAAAGUAG